AUGUGCUACAUUCUUCCAUUGGUUCUGAUUUCAAUUUGUUAUCUGCUGAUUUGGAGGAGGGUGUGCUGCAGGAAACUUCCGGGCGAACCGCAAGCCCAUGGCGAGCACAUGAUACAGCGUUCAAAGAUGAAAGUCAUCAAGAUGCUUAUGGUGGUGAUAAUACUGUUUGCUUGCUCUUGGCUCCCUCUCUAUUUGAUAUUCACCAGGAUCAAACUCGGUGGUCCGUUAACCCCUGGGGGCGUCGAGGACUCGCUGAUCCAUGCCUUCCUCCCCGUGGCGCAGUGGCUGGGGGCGUCAAACUCCUGCAUCAAUCCUAUCCUUUACGCUUUCUUCAACCGCAAGUUCAGAGCCGGUUUCAAAGCCGUACUCUCGAGCAGGUCUUGUUGCUCGACUCUCAGAUAUGACUACAGGAGCCAGAUGACCAUCAGCUCACGUGAUACAGUGAGAAAAGGCCCCGUGAAGAGAAUGACCAUUUCUGCCGGAGUUCCGAUCAAACCGAAAAGGCCAGAUCCGAAUCUGAGGACCAUGUCGCUGAGGACACCAUCCACCAUCCUCCAAAACAACAACUUCCUCCUGAGCCAGGAAGCUUUUAAAAAUAACUACCAUGAUUUCGCCUGCAAUGGAACAUUUGUUUGA